CACGUCGUGGAUCGGAGACGACGUUGCUGGAGAAAUAAAAAGAAUUCGUUCUCAGGUUUCGCUACCCAACCAACUGCAUGCGUCUUUGUGGGUGUGAAUACAGAAUACGAUUGUAUUGUGCGGCUUUUUAUGCAUAAAAGUGCUGGGAAAAGAGUAUUUCCCAUUUAAAGUAAUAUAACAGCACAACAACAACAAAUCCUUGUGAAUACGAACAGAGAACAGAAAAACUGAGCCAGCCAUGACAACCAAAGAUCAAAAGGAACAAAAGUUGGCAGCCACAGCAGCGGCGUCGACGACGACGUCCACCGUAACUGCGCAGCAGCCAAAAAACGGUGGCGUUGGCAUUAUGAAGCGUCUGAGAAGAUCCGCCUCGGCCACGGAACACAAUCUGAGCGGCUUGCGCAAUCGCAAAUCAACGCAAAAUCUUUUCGACCAGCACGGCCAACCCAUAGACUUGCGUCAGUACCGCAAGGUGCUGGAUAAGGAUGAGAAUGGGAAUGGGGGCGAGAAGAAAUUGCGCUAUAGACGCACCCAGAGUGUGACGCGGGCCGAGGAGAUUACCACCAAGGAGGAGAAACAGCGCAAAGCACAGCCAGACAAACCUUGCCAUCGUCCACGCGAUUCACUGUUCUCAUGGAGUUCCGGCUUUACGAACUUUACGGGCCUGGUCAACUGGGGUUUCCUGCUGCUCUGCAUUGGCGGUUUGCGUUUGGGUCUAGAAAAUUUACUCAAAUAUGGUGUGCGCAUAAAUCCCCUUGACUGGUAUUUCUUUUUAAGUGGCCACAAUGAGGGCGAAGGUCACACAUCACUGCUGCUGAUACUCUAUUCUAUGGUACACAUAUCACUCUGUUUGGCUGUGGAAAAGGGUCUGGCAAUGGAAAUAAUUUCGGAAGGCCUGGGAAUGUUUAUUCAGAUUACAAACAUAAUAGUGGUGGUUGCAUUGCCUGUGGUAAUCAUUCAUCUUAAGGGACAUGCCUUCAGUUUAAUGGGCGCCACAACUGUGUGCUUUUUCUACUCUGUGCUUUUCCUGAAACUAUGGAGCUAUGUGCAAACAAAUAUGUGGUGCCGCCAAACGUAUUACCAGCGAAAUCCUCGUGAGCGUCGUCCAAGCAUUACUUUGGCAGAACUGAAGAACGGUCAAUUGGACGGUGGGGAUGCGCAUGAUGAAGCCAUACCCAAGCUAGUACAAUAUCCGGAUAAUUUAAGCUACAAAGAUAUUCUGUACUUUCUGUGCGCACCAACCCUAUGCUAUGAGCUUAAUUUCCCGCGCACAAUGCGCGUGCGCAAACGUUUUCUUCUCAAGCGUCUAAUGGAGGUGAUAGUGGGUGUGAAUAUGGUCAUGGCAUUGUUCCAGCAAUGGAUUAUACCCUCAGUACGUAACUCGUUGAUACCCUUCUCUAACAUGGAUGUCGCCCUCGCCACUGAACGUCUGCUGAAACUUGCCCUGCCCAAUCACUUAGUGUGGCUCUGUUUUUUCUAUUUAAUGUUCCAUUCGUUCCUAAACGCCGUCGGCGAGCUAUUGAACUUUGCCGAUCGUAAUUUCUACUGUGAUUGGUGGAAUGCCAAUAAUAUUGAUACCUUCUGGCGCACCUGGAACAUGCCUGUGCACAGGUGGUGUGUACGUCAUUUGUACAUACCCGUUGUGCAAAUGGGUUACUCAUCGCGUCAAGCUUCAACAAUUGUGUUUCUUAUUAGUGCCUUCUUCCACGAGUAUUUGGUCUCUGUGCCCUUGCAAACCUAUAAAAUCUGGGCCUUUCUUGGCAUGAUGGGACAGGUACCGCUGUCAGCUGUAUCAAAAUACGUGGAACGUCGCUUGGGGCCACGUACAGGCAACAUCAUUGUCUGGGCUUCCAUCAUUUUGGGCCAACCUCUAUGCAUUAUGGCCUAUUAUCACGAUUAUGUUGUUACCCAUUUCCAGACAGCGUUCAACAGCACAAUGAACCAGAGCAGUUAGAGUUGGUGCAGCAUUAUAUAACAUGAUCUGUACUUAGUCUGAGUUACAUACAUGUAUAGAAAGCAAAAAUAUAUUGUAAUUUUUAGGCCUAAUUCAAGUUGGGGAAAACUUGAGCGCCCAUGCCACCAUACAAAUAGAUUUUGUAGAGAUGAGCAUACGUAGUACUGAGUAACACAAACGAAUUGUUAUUUAAUGCAUUUGUUAAUGAAUUUAAGUGUCAUGUAAAUAAAAACAGUGGAUAUUUGAUAACAAUAA